AAUAUUUAAGAUGCUGACUUGGUGGAGCAUUCACGCUUGGGAAGGCAAGCCACCGGUGUCCAGUACACUCCACUUCCAGCAACUCAAGCUUUGACAAAGGCUGCGGGAGGGCAAGGAAAGAAAGGGGACAACGAAGUGUGAGGCCAUCCAGAGUGAGCGUGUAAGGUGUGAGCAGCUCCUCAGGCCUCCACUGGGCCAGUCCAAAGUUCCCCAAAGGCAAAGCCUUCUUUACCAGGCCCACGAAAGAUGCUGAGCAAGACUCUUGCAGCUGGGACCUGGCUCUGCAUUUUCAUUGUGGCCUUUGCCAGCCACCCAGUACAGCUGCAGAAGUCCCCUAAACAUAAGAUGCCAGCAGAGCUCAAAGCUGCCUCCUGCUGUAAGGAGGUGAAGGAGCUCAAGGCCCAGGUCGCCAACCUAAGCAGUAUGCUGAGCGAACUAGGCAAGAAGCAGGAGAGUGACUGGGUCAGCGUGGUCAUGCAGGUGAUGGAGCUGGAGAGCACCAGUAAGCGCAUGGAGUCAAGGCUUACAGAUGCCGAGAGCAAGUUCUCUGAGAUGAACAGCCAGAUCGACAUCAUGCAGCUCCAAGCGGCACAGACGGUCACCCAGACCUCAGCAGAUGCCAUCUACGACUGCUCCUCCCUCUACCAGAAGAACUACCACAUCUCUGGGGUAUACAAGCUUCCUCCCAAUGACUUCCUGGGCAGCCCUGAGAUGGAGGUGUUCUGUGACAUGAAGACUUCAGGUGGGGGUUGGACCAUCAUUCAGAGAAGAAAGAGUGGCCUUGUCUCCUUCUACCAGGACUGGAAGCAGUACAAGCAGGGUUUUGGCAGCAUCCGUGGGGACUUCUGGCUGGGGAAUGAAAAUAUCCACCGGCUCACCAGACAGCCAACACGGCUCCGUGUGGAGAUGGAGGAUUGGGAGGGCAACCUUCGCUAUGCGGAGUACAGCCACUUUGUUCUGAGCAAUGAACUCAACAGCUACCGCCUCUUCCUGGGGAACUACAGUGGCAACGUGGGCAACGAUGCACUCCUCUACCACAACAACACAGCAUUCAGCACCAAGGACAAGGACAAUGACAACUGCUUGGACAAGUGUGCCCUGCUCCGCAAAGGUGGAUACUGGUACAACUGCUGCACGGACUCCAACCUCAAUGGGGUUUACUACCGCCUGGGGGAGCACAAGGAGCACUUGGAUGGCAUCACCUGGUAUGGCUGGCAUGGGGCCAGCUACUCCCUCAAACGGGUGGAGAUGAAAAUCCGCCCGGAGGGCUUCAAACCCUGAAAGGAAGCUGCUGUGGAGCCGGACUGCAGAAAGACGCAAGCGGAGACUGGGAAGGGCAGAGCCAGCAGGAAGAGGGUAUCAAAGGGCAGGGGAGGGAGUGGCCUGUAAUCCCCAGGUGAGACAAAGGCUCUUAGAGGUGAACAGCAGAAUUUUGGUUCAUGUGCUGCUGAAGCGGGCACGUGCACCUGAUGAAAUUACGUGUACCGAGGAUGUUACAGUACGUUGGAUGAAGGGUUUAAAAGCAAUGGGUCCUGCCACAUCCUCCUCAGGGGGAGACUGCGUGGGCUCUCUCUGCCCUGAUCCCUGCCAGAAACUUACCUAUGGGAAAAAGUAAUCAUGAGCUCACUUUUCCAUUUUCUCUAAGGCAUAAUUCAUGUGAAUGCAAAAACCAAAUCCCUUUGCUGAAAAGAACUGUAUUAUUUGAUUCUCAAAGGAGGCCUUGAGUAUUACAGGAAGGAGCAAGAGUGGGUACUGGAGGAGAAGAAUUUCUAUUUUAAAAUGCAAUAAAAUUACCUUCAGAAGUCUACACACUUUUUAAAAAUACAAAAACUGUUAGGCUAGUGAUGAGUGCCCCAGGGUGGACCUGCUGGGAGAAAACUGAAGACCCUGUGCCUCAUGAUCAGACUCUGGGUACCUUACUGCUUACCUGAGUCAGGCGCCACUGAAAGGGAGGACAUGGGGUCUGGCAUGACAGGGAGCACCAGCAUGAGAAGGGUAUAGACCCUCAUGGAUGCUUGCACAAAACCGCCUCAAAACAUUCAGUCAAGACAGAUAAGUCUAUUUUUAUUCAUUCCGUAAGAAAUGGGCUCCAAGAGCUUCCCUUUUUUAUCUUGUGUAUAAAAAAUGGCUGAAAAUGAAGGUAGAUGGCGCUAUGGCCAACAAUUCAUGCUGUAUAUAAGCAUCUUGCUUUGGUAAAACAAAAUGUUGAGUUUGUGUUUUAAGCAUUCAAGGUAUCUUUUCCU